AUGGGGAACGCAAUUUCCGAUAUGUUGAAGGAGGCGGAUGAGAACAAGGAGACUGACGCCAAAGAAGAAUUAGAAAUGUUGCAAGAGAUGAUCAACGCAGUCCUAGACAGAUUUGAGAGUGAGAUCACAGAGAAAUUCUUGAAUGCAGAGCCUACAGCGAAGACUGAAGUUCCCGGGAUCCCUCCCCUUUGGAAAAAACGUUUCUCAGCAGGCAAGAUUCUAGAUAAACCCGCAGAUGCAGUUGGUGGUGCUAUUGAUGCCAUUUUUGGAGCUGUCACGGGAGGCGGUACGAAAGAGAAACUGGCCAAUGGAUUCAAGAAGGUUGUAGGGACUGCACUGAACCAGUUCCUCAGCAAUACGGAGAUCGGCGUCACAAAUACAAAUAACUACUUCAUUUAUGUGCACCAUGACGCAAUCGUUCGCAUCGAUCUCAGAAUGUGGCGAUGGAAUUUUCCUAGUGGAGGCUUCAAGAUUGUUGAUAAAGGUGUCCUAGGAUACAUCUACUGUAUUUCAGUAGUUGAUGUUGGCGUUCUGAAGAUUCCAGAGUUUAUUUACCUCAUAAGUGAACACGCUGGAGACGAAGAGAACGAAGUCGAGCAUUACUGCGAGCAAAUGGGUAGGAUAUAUGCCGCCGCACGCAAAAAGAAACUGAGCGAAAAGGCCGCCAUCACGACGAAAUAG